AACAAAAAUGUUUUUUUUUUAUGAACACGAAAAUUUGUAUAAACCUUCAAACUUUGUUUGGAAAAAUAUUCAUUUGAAAAACAUCUUUCGGCUAAGAAACACAAAAAAAGAAUUAAAAAAAUUAGAAAAAAGCUAAAUUUCCAGUGAAGUAAAAAAUAAAUUGUAGGCCAACAAAAAAAUGUGCGAUCCCUGCUGUGGUCCCUGUGCUGAUACUUGUGGUCCAUAUGGACCAUGUUCUGACGAAUGCCAUAGCCGUGAACUGCGAGCUGGCAUAAUGUACACUAAUUGUGACUGUUGGAAACGAAAUGGCCUUCAAGAUCAAUGCCCCAGAUCUUUGUGUCAGGGACAAUGUUGUGCUAUAGGGCAAUCGAGACCAAGUUGUUGUCCAUCAGCGUAUCCUCUGAGAUUUGCCUAUAUGACAAUGGGCGUGAAUAAUAAGCGAAUGAGAUGCUAUGCCACAGCAGCUUCUUGCCCGAAAUCACCUUGUGGGGAUCCAGGAUGCUGUUAGGGAUUUAAAAGAUCUAAAAGGCCGAAAAUUAAUUUAAAUCAGUUAUCUUGGUUUUGUCAAUUAAAGGAACUAAAACUAUAUUGACCGUAGAAGACUAGUUCUGUGUGAUAAAUGAUUUUGUAUAUGACUUUAAUAAAAGCUUUGAGAACCAUCAA